AUGAACACCAGAACGCCCUGCGUGAUACUCUACGCAGUAUCUCUGGUGGUGUGUGUGUUGGUAAUUUUUUCUCUGAACAAGUAUGAGAGACAAGGGGUACCAUUGCACAGGCUGAGUAGUACCUGUGCGUUGGUGCAGGAUAUUUACAAUGGGAAGGGAAGGGAGAAGCCAAUGACGCAAAGACAAAACUGGUCCAAUGCCAAGAUCUCCCACUUGCUUAUAAAUUUGUUCAUCGUAUCGACAGGGGAAGAUGGAAGCACAGAUUCGUUAGGAGAAAAAAUGAAGGAAUAUUUUUCUAGCCAAAUUGAGUAUGAGUGGAAGGAUAAGCCAGUAGGAAGAAGCAUCUCGGAUGUGAAGGAGUUGUUUUACGUGCAACCACUCCUCGUUAGUGGAGACGAAAUGAGAAGUGAUGGCAUGCGGGAUAUUGCAAAUAUUUGCUUGGGUAACACCCCCGGGGAAAGUAAUAUCCAUAAUAUAGUAAACAAUAGAUACUUCAUAUGUUUAAGUGAGAACCGAGAGGAGAAAGAUAUGGGGGUUGUUUUGACACUGAAGGGGAAUAACACUAUCCACAUGAAGUUCAUUCGAGAGGAAGAGAACGCCACCACAUACUACCAACGGUUGGCAGAAGAAACUUGGAACAUUGUAAAGCGUAUCUUUUUUUUUAAGUCACCUAAUCGGUCGCUUUUUUUUAACCCGGAAUUGGACCUGAACUUUUACUUGGCUAGCAGUUUGUACAACGAGGGGAAUUACAAAGUGAGAAAGUACAACAUAGCGGAAGGGGAGAGCAACGAAACUGCUAACCAGUCGAGGGAGCGACAGAGUGGUGGUCUACCAAAUGACAGACCAACGGAAGGCAGACCAACGGAAGGCAGACCAACGGAAGGCAGACCAACGGAAGGCAGACCAACGGAAGGCAGACCAGCGGAAGGCAGACCAGCGGAAGGCAGACCAACGGAAGAGGCUCCAAAAAGCUAUGCUUCGCCCGUGAAUAUCGCUACGUGGGAUUUUUACAAAGAGGUGUACUACCCCUAUCUGAGAAAUUUCAUCGAGCAGCUUCUGAACCUUUUUCAAAUAAAUGUGUACACGCAGACAAUUGCAAAUAUUGAUUUGUUUAAAAUUUCGGAAAAGGAAAAGGAGAUGGAAGGCAAGCGUGUGAUCAUCUUGGACAAGGUAAAUAAAUUCACGAACCUUUUUGACAAUGUCAUUUUUGGAGACAUUCUGAGAAAGCCAACUUAUCAUAUCCCGAAAAGCAUCAAUUUGAUGGCUAUCUUUCCCACACGAGAGGAAUUUUUUUUUUACAAUCCUCCCACGGGGAAGUUGGAGACCACGGUUUCUUUUGCCGAGUGGGGAGUUAUACACCUGAACAAUGCACUAGGCAGAAAAAAGGUGAAAAGGGAAAAGGAAAAAAUUGUGAAUGUCUCAGAGGAGGCUCCUUUUAUUUGCGGUUUUUUCAUUUCCCACUUGAGGCAAUAUUUGGGAUUAGUGGCAAAUUUUUCUGAUUACGUUUUUACGAUUUUCGAUCCAGACAAGUAUGAUAUAAAAUAUGUGCGGAAUGAAUCCACAGAUGAAGGAAACUCCUUUUUAUACUCAGUCCAUUGUAAGGAUAAUCUACAGUUUAACUUUUCAUAUGAUAGCCCUGUGAAAAGUGGUAUUUUUCCUUUUGAGAUUUUGGCUCUUAUGAGGCAAGGUUAUAUUUACUACGUGGUGGAAGCAUUGAACAAUCUCGAUAAAUUCGUCUCCAUAUCAAAUGUGAGUAUUUAUUUUAGAGUGCCUGUGCAUGCUUUGCACGUUUUUAAUGAUAUUCUGGAUAAGCUUAAAUGUAGUUUGGAUCUUAUGCGGGGAGCGGAGGGUUGUAAAAUACACCAAUUAGGAAAUACCAUUCGGAACUCUUUACAGUCGUACGGUGGUGCCACCAGUGCAAGUAGCGACGAAGGAAAUACUCGGCGCGUGGAGGCAGGGCUCCUGCGGGAAACGUACUUCAGAGCAGCGGUCGUUCUGGCACAAAGCGCUUAUCAGGAUUCAUUGCAACUGCUGAGCGACGACACCUUCUCUAUUUACGAUAUCCUUUCGAAGGACUUCCUUCUGGCCUCCAUACUCCCCAUCCUCAUUCCGUAUGCAAUACCAGUUACAUUUUCUCUGUUCAGGGAAUUAUUCAGAAGCAUCAAAUUGGCGAAGGAGAAACAGAAGGUGGACUGA